AGGAUUGCUGACAUAUCCACUAGCAAUGGACUCUAACAUGAAGAUGGAGGUUGCGGCUCUUGGUCGCCCUUUUGGCCUCGGGAUGUUGUAUGACUGCCGCAAUGACUCCCUUGUUCCUGGAAUGACGCUGUGGAACCACACAGACCUACAAAAUCAUAUCGCAAAACGACCUCAGAAACACAAUGAUUUUGAGAUUGUUACCUCAGAAUCAAUUAAAGAUAAAUCUUCAGCACUCGAUGUUAAUGCAUCACUGAAGGCAAGUUUGUUGGGUGGACUUGUGCAAGUCAGUGGAUCAGCCAAAUACCUGAACAACAGUAAGACUUCCAAAAACCAAGCCAGAGUAACGCUGAAGUACAAAGCAACUACAAAGUUCGAGGAACUGUCCAUGGAUCAUCUUGGAAUAGAAAAUGUGAAGCACCGAGAUGUUUUUGUCAAAGGACUAGCAACACACGUAGUCACAGGUAUCCUUUAUGGGGCCCAAGCCUUCUUUGUCUUUGACCGUGAGGUUUCUCAAAAUGAAGAUCAGAAAAAUGUUGAGGGAAACCUGAAGUUGGUCAUAAAGAAAAUUCCCUGUCUUGCUAUUGAGGGUAAAGGUUCACUGAAAAUGGAGGAAAAGGACAGGGCAAAUGUUGAGAAAUUCUCCUGCAGUUUCAUUGGAGACUUUUCCCUUCAGAAAAUGCCCACAUCCUUUGAGGAUGCCAUACAGGUCUACCAAAGUCUGCCUUCUCUGCUGGGAGCCAAUGGAGAGAACGCAGUACCAAUGAAGGUGUGGCUGCUGCCACUGACAACUUUAGAUUCUUCUGCUGCUAAACUGGUUUGUCAGAUUAGUGUUAGUUUGGUGCAAGAAUCACAGAGAGUCCUGGAGGACUUCAUUGAGCUGGAAAUGAGGUGUAAUGAUGCUCUGAGAACUACCACGGCACAGCAGUUCCCACAGAUUGAAAAAAAGAUUAAAGCAUUUAAAGACAAGUGCUCUGAGUUCAAACUGGAGUUCCAACAAGCGCUGGCAAAGAAACUUCCAUCAAUCCGAGGAGGAGGAGAAGAGGAGGCUGGGCUCACAGAGAUCCUGAGGAAGAUACAUUCUUCUCCUUUCAACAGUGAAAAGCUGAAUGAGUGGAUGGAUGAUAAAGAGACAGAAAUCGACACAUUAAUGUCUUUAACAGACAUGAUGAAGAACACCAAAGCUGUACCUUCUCAGAAUCAUCUCCGCAAAGAAAUUCUGAGAACAAAACAUGCAGUGUGUUUUGUCUUCACUUCUCUGGGAGUGGAUGAACCAUUCCUCUCAAACUACUUGAGACAAAAACCAGAAUCAGAAAACCCUGGAGAUCCUCGUACUCAUGAUGUAGAGAAGGAACAGUGGUACUCUUCAGAAGUGUUUGGUUCAUUAAGGAAAAAAGCAAAGCUCUUCAGUGCCUUUGCAGAGGCCAACCAGAAGAACGAGAACGUGAAGUUCCUGACAGUCGGAAUGACAAAUCAGACACAGAAAGGUUCAAGCAUCUACCUUUAUAAAGAUGGCUGUCCUGUCACUGAGGACUUUGAGCCGCUGUCAAAGCCUGAAACAUUCACAGAUAGUGAUGUGAACCACAAUAGUGUCACACUGAAGUUUGAUCCACCAAAGUUUGGAUCAGAGAACAUCACCUCCUACUCUGUUGAGUACUGUGUCAGUGGAGAGGAAGGAUGGAAACAAGAGACAGCAGAGAAAUCUGGAGAAAUCACAGUGGCUGAUCUGAGUCCAAACACAGAGUAUAUGUUCAGGUGCAGAGCAGUGACCGAUGUGGGUGUUGGACCAGCCAAUCAAAUCAGCAGUCCCAUCAAAACCUUAAGCCAAAAGAAGAAAACAGGAACUGAGGAGGUGGACAUUUCAGGGCUUCAUUGUGGUGUAGCUGGUAGAACAACAAAAAAGAAGCCUGUCUCUGAAAAACUCAAAAAGAAAGGGACAAGGAUCAACAAUGCCUCACCCGCAGUUUACAAACUGACUCUGAAAAACCCAAGAAUGAGGAUUAAAGGAUGUCGAAGGUUUAACUUGUGCAAAGAGAGCGUGAAGCCAAAUCGCACCAUAAUGCUUGUGGGAGUGACCGGAUCAGGAAAGUCCACUCUGAUCGAUGGAAUGAUCAACUACAUUGUUGGUGUAAACUGGAAGGACGAUUUUAGAUUUAAAAUGAUUGAAGAGGAUGAGUCCAGAUCACAGUCUGAAAGCCAGACCUCUGAGGUCACCGUGUACAAAGUCAAUCACCAGGAAGGCUUUAGAAUAGAUCACUCUCUGACCAUUGUUGACACUCCAGGUUUUGGAGGCACAAGAGGCAUAGAGAGAGACAGAGAGAUUACAGAAAUGCUGAGGAAUCUCUUCUCUGAUCGUUUUGGUGUCAGUGACAUUCAUGCUGUGUGUUUUGUAGCUCAGGCCUCUUUAGCUCAACUCACACCAACAGAGGAACAUGUGUUUCACUCUGUCCUUUCGAUCUUUGGUGAAGACAUCGCAGAAAACCUCAGAGUUCUGGUGACAUUCGCUGAUGGCCAGGUACCACCUGUUCUCAAAGCAAUCAAUGAUUCAGGAGUCCCAUGUCCAAAAACAGAAGAUGGACAGCCAGUUCACUUCAAAUUCAACAAUUCAGCUUUGUUUGCUGACAACACAUCCUCUGCAGACGGCAUGAACUUUGAUGAGAUGUUUUGGAACAUGGGGACAGUAAGCAUGGAGAGAUUCUUUGAUGCUUUAAAUCUCAUUGAUGCUAAAAGCUUGACGAUGACAAAGGAGGUCCUCAGAGAAAGACAACAGCUGGAGAAUUAAGUUGAAAAGUUGCAGGAUCAGGUCAAAAUUAGUUUGGCCAAACUGGAGGAGAUUAAUGAGGCAGAGGAAAAACUGAAAGAGCUUCAGGCAGAGAUCAAGAGAAAUGAGAACUUUGAGAUUCAAGUCACUGUUAGGAAGCCUUUUCAGGUAGAACAUACUAAAAAAGGAAGAUUCCUCACCAACUGUCAGCAGUGUAAUACAACCUGCCAUGAUAACUGUGCAUAUGUAAAUGAAAAAGACAAAAUUAAAUGUUGUGCAAUGGGAUCAGACGGCUACUGCACUGUGUGUCCAGGUAAAUGUUUCUGGAAUGUGCAUUUUAAUCAGGCUUACAAAUGAGAGUACAAACAGGUCAAAGUAAAACAAACCAUAGCAGAGCUGAAAAAGAAGUAUGACAUCACUAAAGAGCCCAAGUCACCCAUUGAAGCACUGUUUGGAAAACUGAGGGCUGAAUAUGAGGCUGUGACGAUGAAUGUUGAGGAUCUCUGCUCAGUGUCUCAACAGACUCAAAGAUGUCCCACUGAAACCAGAUCCUCUCUCCACUCCAGAGUACAUUGAGAUGCUCAUUAAAGGAGAGAAAUGUGAGGGUGAACCAGGCUGGCAGAAACGAGUUCAGUCCCUGAAAGAAAUGAGAGACUGAGCAGAGUUCAUGGCUAAGAUCGACAAUAGAGAGGCACCCCACAGUAGUGUAGUCUAAGGGUUUAGAUUUUGGGCAGCGUCCUGCAGACAACAGUACAGAUUACAGAAGGGCCUCAACCGACCACAGCAACUCUGGAACUACAACCAAGAAACCAAGACCUAACUGAUACCAACAUUUGGAAUCAAGGAUAACACGGCACCUAAGAAACUACUGAUGGUGUCUGACUGAUAGACAAAGAUGAAGGACUGAUUCAGUCUGAAAACCAAUCACACAGUGAUUCACCAGAACUGAUUCUUCACUCUGGAAGACCAAGAUUAAAAGUUAAAAAACUGAGGACGUCACAAUUUAAAUAUGUUGGCAUUAAAGGAUGGAUCUCUGAGUUUUUUUUUUUUUGUACAAAAAUUAUCUACAUCUUUAAUUUAGAAUGAAGGAAAACAGAUCAAACAUGUUCUGUUGAUCCUUAUGGAUCGACUUUAACCCAAUAUUUGUUUUUCAAACCUACAGUUCAGCUAGUGUUCAUUGUGCAGUGUCUUUAAACAAAACUUUAAAAUCUCAGAUUUUCUUUUAUUUUGUGGGUUUUUUCUUCUCUUUACU